CGCCGAGCAGCGUCUCGUAGACGCUCCGUACUUCACUGUCUGGGCGUCCAUCACGACGUGUCUCGAGCACGUGGAGGCACUGUAUGAGGAGGGGGCUGAGUAUCCGCUCUCUGGCGAACAACUACCGCGCAAACGGUCGGUGCCGGCUCUCCGUACAGCAGGGAGAAGCUAUCCAGACUUUUCCGGCUCCUUUUGGAAGAGGGAGAAGUCUUCGCGAGCGGCCUCGAGCAAGUCCGCGCGAUGCUAGAGCAAAAGGCGAGGACAUAAGAGUUUUGGUGCCGAAUGCUGAGUACGGGGACCUGAUUGGCUUCAUGGAAAGCCUCGUCGCUACUUUCUCCCAUUGGUUCUUUUUCAUAACAGACGAGGGGGGCAUGGGGCUGGUACCAGCUGAGCAUGACCGCGCCGAUGGGCAUAGCAAGGAGCUGAUUGUAGCGUUCUGCGGCUUGCCGGGGCUGUACUUGAUAAGAGCUGCUGGGAAAGCGGACACAGAGUUCCAGCUUGUGGGGCCCUGCUACAUGCAGGGGAUGAUGAGGGGCGAGUUUGAUUAUGGGGAUGGAUAUCAGUGGAUUGCGCUUGUCUAGGGGGUUAGUGAAGCAGGCGGGGCACUUCCCACUCCUAGCUUGGAGAAACGACGCGCCAGUCUACUACUUUCGCGGUGCCGUUCGCUAAAGCUUGCUUCUGAGCUUCGGUGCAGCUGGUCCCCGUAUUCCAAAGAGAACACUGCGUUUCCACCGUGCCCGUCGGCAGCUCCUCCCACCAACCCGGCAGCCUCUGCUCCUCAUACCGAACAAAGUCCUCCGUAUCGUGCACAC